CACAGAGGAAGUCACAUGCAGUUCAUUAUAUGUGAAACCCUCAAAAGAAAAAGGAGAAAAGUAAAGAAUUGUGUUAGUCGGAGCAAAACUUUCACCAUGAGUUGGGUAUAUACUCAGAUCUCCUCAAUCUGGCUCCUUCUCUGUCUCACAGUCAGUCCAUGCAGGACCAUUACUGUUAAUGGCAUCAGUGGUCAGAAUGUCACUCUGCCCUGCAAGUAUAACUUGAGCUAUCAUGGGAAAUGUGAGAUAUGUUGGACGAGGGGAGAAAUUCCAUUAACAGGGUGUGGUAAAGAAAUCAUUGCCACCGAUGGAGAUAAAGUGGUGAGGCAAGCGUUACGCAGAUAUCAGCUAGAUGGAGACUUACAGAAAGGAGAUGCAUCUUUGACAAUCCACAACACUACACAGAAAGACUCUGGAAGAUAUGGCUGCCGUGUGCAUAUACCUGGAUUGUUCAAUGAUGAAAAAAUUGUAGUCGACUUAGUCAUUAUGAAAGGACAAUCACCAACGUCUGAAGUGAAUUCUUUAUUACCAAGUAUCCCUGAGCUGGUAACAAAGGAUCCAUGGUACACUGAAGCGACACAAGUGGUAGCCAAUAGCACAAGGCACUACCCUAACUCCUUAACUCCAGACAUUAAUAAAAUGGGGAAAGAACCAACAGAUGAUUUGAUUCCUGUAAUUGCUGUAUCAGUCCUGCUGAUUUUCCUGGUUUUUAGCGUUGCUUUUUAUCUGAUAUGGAAGAAAAAGAGAAGAACCAGGGAAUCUUUAGAAAUAGACCAGAACCAGAAUCCCUCAGCCAUCUACAACAACUCAGAAGUCAGCCUUGGUCUGAACAGCAGGUCAAUGGCUGUGGAGAACAUCUACCAAUUAGACACUGAGAAUGAAUAUGAGCAAUGGUCAAGAUAACUCAUGGAGCUUACAUACUGUAAAAUGACAAAGCUUUUGGACUGUUUUUUUUAAGGCUUUGGAUAAUUAAAAACUAACUUUUGUGAUUGUCUUUUGCAGUUGAAUCACUUUUUUUAGCCUACAGAUAUUAAAUAUGGACUGUAGUGGAAUGAUAAUUUGUACAUGUUACAAUUGUAAAUUUGUAAAUGUUGGUCAUUUGUAAAUGUUGCAAUGUAAAAGUUAAAUCAAUACAUUUUCAACACCACAAAUGUUUUGAUCGGUUACUGCAUAUUUGAGCUGCAGUGCUUUCUCGGCACAUAAUCCAUCUGUACAGGAUUUUGCUAUGUUUUUUUUACGACAGUUCCGGCUUUGCUGCAGCUUUUUAAAAAAUUUGCGAUGCAAUUUGUGGAGUUUUUCUUUUUCUUAACAAUAAAUCUGUAAUGCAAGUAA